AUGGCUGAAAAUAUACAAAGUGAUAAGAUGAUGGGUGAAAGUGGGGCUUCUAAUUCAAAUGCAAUAAGCCAAUCUGAAACAACGGAGUCAAAUAUAAUCAAAAAAAGGAAAAAAAGGUCUAUUGUGUGGGAUCAUUUUACAGAAAUUAUUACUUCUGAAGGGAGUACAAAAGCAAAAUGUGACUAUUGCUUUAUUGAGUAUUAUUUUAAGACCAAAGACGGUACGUCGACACUUCUUUCUCAUAUGUUUAAAUGUCCUAAACGCCCUGCUAUUGUUGAUAAAAAACAAUCAAAUUUAGGUUUUCAAUCUGUUCCGGGAGGUUGUCAGGGUGACAUAGCUGUUGUUACUUGGAAAUUUGAUCAAGAAGAGUGUAGGAAGGCGUUAUGUCGUAUGGUAAUAGUUGAUGAGCUUCCUUUCAGCUUUGUUGAGAAAGAAGGUUUUAGAGACUUUAUGAAAGUUGCGAAACCUUAUUUUCGGAUCCCUUCCCGUAGUACUGUAACUAGGGAUUGUUUUGAUCUUUUUAAUGAAGAAAAGUAA